AUGUGGAGAAAGAAGCGGGCACUUGGGGAAUCCGUGGCUUGUCUCGUGUUUCUCGUGACGCUCGUCGAUGCUUAUCGAUGUAAGUGGGGUUUUUGCGCUUUACACUUUGAGCUCUACGCAUUGAAGUAAUUAACGGAACAGCCCGCUGCAAACUAUUUGUUCAGUGUCCCAGAUUGAAAGCAGCUUUCAGCCUUGGUGUGAACGGAUUUCAGCAUUUUUAAAACAACAUUUUAACGUGAGGAGGGGGGCAGCAGACAGAGAACAGAGAGUGUCCGUGGGGGUCAGGACUUCUUUAUUCACCGUGAAACUGUGUUGGGUUAAUAUGAGCUGCUUGUUGCGACCACAAAGGGUCAUUUCUGGGAAAUAACUGUUUCGCAAUGACCUUUUUUCAGGCCAAUUCAUAGGAGAGUAAUUGUCCACUUUGUCCAUGCAGGCAGCAGCUACAGCAGCCAUCUGUCAUGAGGAGGACUGAAUUCCUGCUGGGAUCAGUCAUGUGUUAUUAUAAUGUUGCUGCAUGUGCCUGUUUAUAUUAAAUACAUAUGUGCAACCCACACGCACAUAUAGUAAAUGUGCUUAUUGAGCUGCAAACAUGCAAACAAUGGGAAUCAUUUACAGAGGAAAGUAGCUUUACACAAAUGCAUUUGGAUGAGUGUCUUAAUUUUUCUGACUAUUUCUGUCUAGUUCUGAGCCAGAGCAAAGCCUCCCAGUUCCUGAGCAGGCACAAGAGAGCCAACUCUCUGUUUGAGGAGAGCAAGAAGGGCAACCUGGAGAGGGAGUGCAUCGAGGAGCUGUGCAACAAGGAGGAGGCCAGGGAGAUCUUUGAGAACCAACCUGAGACGGUAAGUGAAGCAGAGACCCCCCCUCAUCUCAAAGGUCAGCACAGGUGGCCAUCUGGUACCUAUGGAGGGCAGGAUGAGGAGUUGGAAGUUACAAUUUAGAGAUGGCGAAGGCAACAGAAGCUGCCAGCUAAUGAUAGUUUGAUUUAUGAUCAAUUCAGCUGACUAUUUCAGCAAUUUUUUUUCUUUACAUGUCAGCAAAUAGCUUAACCGGCCUUUAUUUUUCCCAAGGGUCAAGUUGAUCUCAGCAAAGAUCCAGUAUUAUUCUCUCUUAUAUAUUCUAUUUCUUUUUUUUUCAACUUCUAUGAGGACUAAAUGAAAAUAUCAGUUUUUGUUAAAUUUAAGCAUUCAUACAAAAACCUAAAUUUAAAAGGUGGACUUUUAAGCUCAAAAUUGUCAUGAAAGUCAAAAAUUAUAUGAAACAUUUUUCCAUGUGGUGAUAAAAUCAAACUUGUGAUGUGGAUUUAUGAAGAUGUUGCAGUGAAGUUUCUGUUUUUAGCUCAGUUAUUUUUAGAUCAGCUGUCUGCAGUCCUUUGUUUCAUGCUUUCUCUUUGUUUUUGUCAAUCAACAAUUUAUUACCUGUUUAUUUUUUUCCAGGAGUACUUCUACCCCAAAUAUGUCGGUAAGUUUGCAAUUUUCUUCUUUGUUUUUAAUAUUUGCCACCGGAUCUAUUUCACUUACUCUCUUUUUUUUAUCUUGCAGUCAAAAUUAUUUAAACUUACAGACAUUGUGAAAUUCCAAACAGCAUAGAUUAUGCAUAACGCUAAAAAUAACCUUCUACCACAAAAUAUACAGAAUUUGUUUGGGGAUCAAGAGGGGGGUUAUCAAUUCAGAGGGCAGUAUAACCUCAAAUUUAAUAAAAUCCGCGCAAGCAGAAAACUAUUUUGCAUUUCAUUCUUUGGGGUGAGACUGUGGAAUAAUAUGGGUGAGAAGUUAAACCAAUGUCUAAACAUAAAACAAUUUAAAACACAAUAUAAAGAAUAUGUUUCCACGGGACACAGGGAUGUACAAUCAUAGUAACUGUUAUCAUUAUCAUCAUUGUUUUGUUGUUUUGUUAUUUUCACUGUGGUGAUUAUUUUUAUUGCUAUUAUUAUUAUUUUGAUGAUUAUUAUUAUAUAAUAUUAUGAUAUUUAAACCAUUAGUGCAGGGGAAGGGGUGGGACUAGAUAAGUCUCGACUUCUUCCCACUCCUUUUUGGAACAUGAAUAACUUUUUAUAAUUUGUUGUUGUAUUCUUUACCUUUUUAUUAUUAUUAUUUUUUUAUAUGUCCAAAAUAGACUUCAAUCAAUCAAUCAAUCAAUUAAAAAAAAAAAAAACAACACUUUGCAUUGCAGCAUGUUUAGGUUCGCACCGUGUCGGCAUACCCAGCCAGAACUCAGAUUCUGCAAUCCCAUCAGAUCUUCGCACCUGUGUGACAGGUGAGCAGCUCCUCAGUGAAAAACAAUCUGCAGAUUCAUGUCAUUUACUAACAAUAAAUAGAGGUUAGCAUCACCUGUACUAAGUGAUGUGCUAAGUGAAAAGUGUGUGUGUUUGUAUGUGUUUGUGCAGAGAUCAGUAAUCAGUGCACGCCAUUCCCAUGCUACAAGGAGGGCUCAGAGCGCUGCGUGGACGGUCAUGCCACUUUUACAUGUGUAUGCAAGCCUGGCUGGAAGGGGGACCGUUGUGAGGAUGGUGAGAUCUGACACAUCAAUUAGGAUUUAUGUGUAAUUUGAUAAGGCUAAACUGCUUCAAUUUUUGUCUUGUCUGAUCCAUUCUUUGGCAGAUAUUGACGAGUGUUCAGACCCUGAAUAUCCAGCCGGAUGCAACCAAAAAUGUAAAAACUACCCUGGCACUUUCCUCUGCAUGUGUGAGGAGGGAUACUUCAUCACUGACAAGACCAACUGCGUGGGUAAGACUCAGAUGAUGACAUUGUUACGGUCUUCAGAGUUUUUUAAUAUCAUCUGAAUUUGAUUCAUUUCAAUAACAUUAAGGACACACAAGUACAGAUAUGAAUAUGUACUGUUGGGGUGUGUGUAUGUGAACAAUGGCUUACUUAAGGGCACAGGUGUAGACAGUGUGUCCCCAGAAGAGGAACAUAUAGAGCUUCUACGCAGCUGGGAAAACAAAAGUUUCUAUUCAGUGUAUUAUUCUUUUGUUAUAACUUCCUUUAAAUCAUCCAUAUGGACGCAGGAACCCUACGCACUUCAAAACAAAAUCUCUGCCGACCAGCUGUUGUCCUCAGGGGCUGAACCAUUUGUGUUUUCUAAAGCUGACCUGAGGUGACCUUUUGUGAAACAGACUGUGAAAAGCUUACAGCACAGAAAAGCGGUCCAUCUUUUUUAAUGCUGCGUACAGACCACCAGUCACUGUUAUAUCACAGAGCGGAUCUGAGACCUGUAGUAUCUUGUGGGCAGUUUCCUCACUGUUUAUCUAUGCGUAUGUUGAAUACCCACGGAGUACAAAGUCUUGACAAACAUCAGAAUGAGCAAGUUAGUACAUUUGCUUGUGUUUUUUUGAUGUGUGCUUUGGUAGUGACAGGGCAUACAUCUUUUGAAAGAGAGCUAUGACUUCAUUUUUCCAAUAAUAGUUCAGGGAUUGACACAUAUCAUUUUUCAUCUCACAGGACAGUUAACCCAUUACCUCUUUUGACUGUUUUUCAGAUAUCAAUGAAUGCCUCUUGCACCCCAGUACCUGUAGAGAACCUGCCAAGUGUGUCAACACACCUGGCAUGUAUGAGUGCCGUUGCCCUUCGGGUUUCAAAUAUAACUUCACUUCCAAGACCUGCAUUGGUGAGACUUUUGAACAGUUUUACUGACAAAAUAACAUUACACACCUGUACACACCAAACUUCCAUUUUGUGCCAAUUUUUGGCAUUCUGUGUGGACAAAAGAGAACCUCUUAUCUCUUUGCUGAUCUUUUAGCUAAACAUGAGUUUGAAGUGUUUUUUUAACAGAUAAUGAUCCUGCUUUCUUUAAACAGUUAAAUGAAAUACAGGAGAAGGCAAUAAAGCUUACUGUAAAAAAAAAUAUCAAUGUAGUACCUGAUGGUUUUGUCAUUUCCUUCCCCUUUGCUGCAGAUGUAGACGAGUGCGAGUUUGAUGUGUGUGACGGGACAUGCCUCAACACAGUGGGCAGCUACGCGUGUCACUGCGAUGGUCGCGAUGGUCUUCGCUUAGGGGAGGAUCAACGAUAUUGCGAAAGAAUCCCCGUCUGUGUGGAGCUGUAUGACUACAAACACCCUGAGAUGCUUUACCUGGGCGAUCAGUUUGCUGGCCUUCCUGUCAUCUUCCUGCGCUUCCGUCUGCCAGAGAACACCAAGUGAGGAUUAAACACACACACACACACACACACACACACACACACACACACACACACACACACACACACACACACACACACACACACACACACACAAUUUGGUAAACAUACUGUAUUACUAAUAUUCAGUUGAGUGUUUUGAGGUAAACCCACCAUUUCGGGGUCAUUUUUGUCCUUAUUAGAUGGGAUAGCUGAGAGAGACAGGAAAUGUGGGGACAAGAAAGAAGGGUGAGACAUGUAGGGAGUGGUGGUGACCUGCACCCAAGGCAUCAACUGUUGUGAGGACAUGGGGAUGUUGGUCAAUAGCAUCUAAAAUUUCACUUUCUUCAUAUGAUCUGAUUUAAUAAUUAUCAUUGUGUCAUGCAUAUAAAAUGCCGAAAGCCUCAAAGACACCAAAACAAGAGAUCAAAGUACGCACUAUUUUGACAUAUCAAAAACAUUUGUACUGCAGUAAGCCAAAAGUGGCCUGAAAGUAAAUACUCAUUCUUGACCUUGGAAACAUUAGUUAGAUCAAAACAAACAAAGAAAAUACUCAACUGACGUUUUACUGAAGCUUCUUGAUAAACAUAAGUAUAUUUUUCAAUUCUUAUCUCUGACAAGUUUCAAACUGAUCAAAAUUUGUCUUCAUACCGAAGUAAAAUAAACAAAAUCCUUCUAAUGCUUGAAAGAAACCCUUCACAGUUUGAAAAACAGUCAAGUGAUUGUGAGUGAAUAGGAAUGGAUGAGAGAUUUAUCUGAUGUUUUUGGGUAAAACAUUGGAAUUUUUUCCAAAACCAAGAUAAAAGUGAGCAGUAUUGCUCUGACUGUUCCCUCAUUUGAAACUCAAUGGCUCUUUUGAAAUAAGUUCUUUAUUAUUAGAUUCUGAGAAUAAAAAAGAUCCCCAAACGUUGAUCCUAUUGACCACUCUGAGGUCUAGUGGUGCGGAUUUCUGUUUUAUCUAACUGAAACAUUUUAUAAAUGUAGCACCUUAACAUUAGACACUAUUUUAACAUCUCUCUCUGUUUCUGGCUCUUAGGUUUGCAGCAGAGUUCGACUUUCGUACAUUUGAUCCAGAGGGAGUUGUACUGUAUGCCGAGUCGUCCCAGGACUCCUGGUUCAUGCUGGGGCUGAGAGAAGGUCGCAUUGAAGUGCAGUUCAAAAACCAGCAUACCUUUAAAGUAACAAGUGGAGGAAAAGUCAUCAAUGACGGACAGUGGCACGUGGUAAGAAAGAAGUAGAGUCUUCUUAUUCCCAACUUUAUACCUAGCUUAUCAGAAUGAAUAGAAAUGCUUUAUGAUGCAGUUAUGUAUACCAUGCAGAUCUCUGUGGAUGAGCUGGAGAACAGCAUCAGUGUGAAGAUUAGUAAGGAAGCUGUGAUGAGCAUCAACAGCCCAGAGAGUCUUUUUACUUCCGUGAAUGGCAAACUGGAAACCAAGGUGUACAUCGCUGGUCUGCCAAACCGCACCGACAUCGUCAUCAAACCUGUAAGCACGCACACACGACUACUUUCAAAAAGCAUGAAACUCUGUUCUCGAUGGCCACCAAUGAAAUUACUUCAAUGAUAGUAGAACCAAUCAAUAGAGGUUAACAUUGGACCAGCUCCAAUCCUGUGAUUUGACUCCAUUCGUCCAAUAGAUCAACCCCCGCCUGGAUGGUUGCAUUCGCGGCUGGAACUUAAUGAACCAGGGGGCGUCCGGGGUAAAAGAGGUCAUCCAGGAGAAGAAGAGUAAACAUUGCUUUGUGUACGUGGAGCGAGGCUCUUACUUUUCUGGGGCAGGAUUGGCACGCUUCAACGUUGACUACAGUGAGUAAGUUAUACUUGAUGGAUUGUGUGGGAAAACAUGAGCUCUGCGUUUUAACCCCUCUUAGCUACACUGCAAAGCGCAGUUUUAAGCAUGGGUUAAAGACAGGGCUGUAAGCAGAUAUGCAUGUGUUUUAGGGUGGGAGGAAAGUGGUGCAUCUGGAGGAAACACAUGGACAAAAGGAACAUGAAAUUCCAAAAAGUAAGGCCCCAUUUGGCCAUGGUUGAUUUCAAACCAGACCAGACUAAAUAAAGAGCAGCACACGUGCAAAAUAAAGGGAAUACAGUUUCUAAAGAUGGGAUUUUGAAGAGAAAAAGAUAUUUGCAGAUGAGCUACAGGGAAGGUCACCUCAUGUUCAAACUUUGGGACUGCCACCCUGACAGACAAAAUGUGUUUGUGCUUUGUGUGUGGACUUUGUGUAACCAGGUGAUUCUGGGAGCUGGAAUGUGGAUGUAAAGAUGAACAUACGCCCGUCCAGUAGCACAGGCGUUCUCUUUGCUCUGGUCCAAAACAACACAGUGCCGCUGUCAGUAGCUGUCAUAACACAGGGAGAAGAAGAUGCUGUAAGUUCCUUCAACCUUAUGUAGGAAAUAAGCUCAUCUCUAUAACCUUCCCCAUGCUAAAUCACAAACAUACAUGAUUCAUAUAUGUGAUAUUUCUGCUGCAGAACCUUCAAGUGUUUCUGGAUGGCGUCUCUGUGGCCACGUUGGACUCGCUCAUGCUAUGUUACCCUGACCGGCUCAUGGUGCAGCUCAAUGUGACGCCCACAGAAAUCCAGAUCUCAGCCAACUCGUCUACAGUCACCUACAUUAAAUCUGAGGCCCUGCAGAAGGCACUGGAGCGCCUCAACAACACCAUGCAGAACCCUGUCAGAACAUAUAUAGGAGGGAUACCAGGUUAGUCACAGCAGCUAACUGCAAGCACGGUUUAUCUCGUGUUGCACUCUGUCUAUAUUCCUUAAAAAGAGAAGAGUUAAAGCCAACUUAAACAGAAUAUCAUCACUACUGUUGUGUCAUAGAAAACAGGGCCCAGACUGGAGUCCAAUUGGGGCUGUUACGUCAAGGUUUAACCUUUUGUUCAUGGCGCACAGGUUCUAUCAACUUAGCUAAGCCUGUAACUGUACAAUUCAAAUUUUUGACCAGAUGAUGGUGCUAUACGAAAAGUUAAGGAAACAAAAGCAAGAUGCCACCUCAUUGUAUCUCAAAACUUGAGGGCGAUUCAUUCAAAAAUCGCAGUUUUCUUCACUCAGAUUGCUGUUGGAAAUGUCUUGCUGGAGCUCAAGAAAAGUCAGGGGCUUGCUUGAGUCAAAAGAAGACGUAUUUGGAAAACCAUGGCUGUUCGCACUGACAUUAUGCCAAGACUUCUAAAAGAUGUCUGUAAUUUUUAAUCUGAACCAAAGCAGCUUAGUAACCAACCAACGUUGACGUCAUGCACUUUUGUCAGGUAGAAACCUUGAGCAGAACCAAAAAUAUGUCAGACAGCAAACAUCCAACAAUGUUUAAACUAGAAACAGGAUAGAAGGGCAUGCGGAAAGAGACGGAUGGAUGGAGAAAAACAACAUCAGCAUCUCAUACAGAGUUAUGGUUACAGUGCCAAUAAUAAUAAGAGAGAUAUGAGUACUUUUUACAGGAACAGAGUUUUAAUGAUAAUGACUGAUCUUCAUUUAAUUCCAUUUAUGGGAGUUAAAUCUAACAGGUCUACAAGCAGCAUAUGUAGGGAUGAGAUUGAAGUCGAUAAUGGAGGUAGGAAUGAUAUUAGUUCAAGCAGUUGGAGCCAUGUUAGCUAAAAAUAAAUAUUGCUGUAACCCUGAUAAUAAUAGUGAGGCUGAUUGUAAUAGUUUUGCAGCUUGAUUCUGAUGGGCGUCUGCAGCCAUGAUCCAGAACCGCCAAACUUUGCUUUUGUAUUUCACAUUUUAUUUCGCCCCACUCUUCCGCAGAAAAUGCAGAUCAAGUAACCAUUAUCUCUCACUUUUGCUCUCUUUUUAGAUAAUGUCCCAUUACCUUCCACUCCCGUGUCAGCUUUUUACCACGGCUGCAUGGACAUCACUAUCAGCGGACAGCAGCUGGACUUUGACGAGGCUCUCAGCAAACAUAACAGCAUCAAGUCCCAUUCCUGCCCUCCUGUCUCUGCUCCUGAAAGUCAGCCUGAUGCGUCACACUAG